CGAUUGCUGGAGAAUCUAGUUUAAUGUAGGCAGGAACUAGAUCAUCUACAUGUACGUGUAGUGACCAAUAUCACCAUGUCAUUUACUUAACCAACCGACCAAAAUGGCUGAGUGGCUGCAGGCUAAGAUUACCACGACUCCAGAACAACACAACCAGGUGAAAAUUACGUAAUAUCACGUUGGCAUUUCCUCUGAAAUGACGAGCCAUGGCUAGAAGAAAGGAGCAUUUAGCUCUAUUGAGCCUGUCAUUCCUCGUGCAGCUCACGUGCAUCACAACACACGCAUUCGCAGUGAGCCCUCAAUGUGUGUUUAAGAAAAACUUCAAUAGUACGGCCUAUAAUAAACUACAAGACCUGACAUUGGAAGACUGCACUAAUGGUGAUCCAGAAAAUGUAUUGCUCUGUAAACAACCACAUAGUUCCUCUCCUAAGGCUGUGAGUCUCCGUUGUUUGUGUGGCAGGCACGAGAUGAUAGAACAUAUUCAUUUGGAGUGUGACGUAAACGAAUGCUGUACAAGAGGGAACUGGAUAUGUCUGAAUGGAGGAAGGCUGCUGACUUGUAAACCCGGUUAUUUCCAAUGUAACUGUAGUGACCCAUUUCGAGGUGAAAGGUGUGAGUUAGUUAGUGUUAACCGAAAAUGUUCCAAAGAUGCAUUUACUGCUGAUUUACCGAGUUGUGAGAGCGUUGGCGAGUCUCCGUCUCCCUGUUUACAUACAGUAAACCAUACUAGCUUCCACUGCGAUAUCCCAGUGCCACGAAAAGAUGUGAGUGGUCUGACAGAAUGUUCCCAGAUCCCUGAGGGAGGUCUGGUGACCCCUGAUCCCGUGACCGAAGGUCCCGUUAACACUGGCCAGUGGUCAGCUUGGUCUCAGUGGUCAAGGUGUUCCAUGUCAGAAGAUGCUAGAUCAACGGGGCCCUGUAUGUGCCGGAGGAGGGAAUGUAAGGACGAAAGUUGUCAAGGAACAGAUAUUCAAGUGACCAAUUGUACAGAACACGGACACUGGACAGACUGGACGCCGUGGUCAGCAUGCUCAUCUACCCGUGGGAGGAGUGGGAAACGGACCCGGUAUAGAUUUUGCAGCAACCCUGCUCCCAAGUAUGGCGGUAGGUCAUGUGACGGGAAGUCAGAGGACACGGACGUACAGACAGAGAGAUGCAACCAUGACUGUCCAGUAUCUGGAUCAGAGCUACAGAUGACGGAAUUCUCCUCCUGGGGCAAUAUCACAUUUGAGAAUGAAGUUCCUGGCUGGCUGAGAGUUCGAACCAAACUUGUGUGCCAAGCUCCAGGGGGUGAGCUGGCGGAAAUCAGUGGAGAAGAGGUGGCGCAGGCCUGUUACCUGCUCAAAGUUUCAGUAGAACACUGCCAUGAAAGCCGGUGUACUCCACUAAAGGGUCUCCGUAAACUCAUAGACAACACUUCCGUAUCAAGAAGGUACAAGCCAGCCGAAACUGUUGUGGAACCAUGAAGGCUAUACACGUUUACGGAGCAUGACAUGACAUGUUUCGACACAGGAGAUUGGGAAUCUACCCAAAAAGAUGUCAUGCUACAGCAAGUGACCAAUGUUUUAAACCGGAAUAUGUAAAAUAUUACUCUGGCGUUCACAUGACUUGUUAAGUUGUAGGAUUUUACAAAACUACGGUCGGAUAAAAAUAGGAGUGGGGGCUAACCUGGCAUCAAGUACCCUGUAGAGUAUGUGGACUGUCAGAGGAUGGCUGGACUCGUUGUGAAUCACCGUACCUUUAACAUCUCUGUAAUAAAUGGCAUUUAUAUUGAAAUUUA